AUGGAGGAAAUAGCAUCAAAUAAUACAAUAAAUCAGACGGAGUCAAGUUCAGACAUAGAGUACGAAAAAAAUGGGCACCACGGAACGAUGGCUCUUAUUUUAUUAGGUGCACUAUUUAGUUUCCAAUUUUUGAUACUUUUCUGGAAACAAAAACAUCAACGUUCCUUCCAGGCGGUUACACUCUUUGGCUUAUGGUUGAUGCCGAUGUAUAUUUUUGGAUUCCAAGCUAAAUUCUGGCGAUUUUUAACUAUUUGGACAUGUUAUUCGUUGGUUAAUUCAUGGGUCUUAUACAUGGCGUCCAGGAAACCUUUAGACCAUAAGACUCCAAGAUUAGUUUAUAAGUGGUAUUCUGUAGUUUACAAAGUUUCAUACGCCGUGGGUAUAACUGGUUACUCCAUCAUAAUGCUUACAUUCUUUGGAAUUAUUCAAUUAAUCUACACCGGUCCUGAAGUUACCGAAUUCGGGCUUUUACUUUUGUGUUAUGGGUUAUAUUUCGGCGUGUUAAGUAGAGACUUUGUGGAAAUAUGUACCGAUAGUAUGACAUCUACUCUCGGAUAUUACAAUAAAGAUGGAUUUCCGCGUAAACAUCUUAGGGCAAACAUAUGUGCUAUAUGCGGCGUGGCUGCGACCGAGGCGAGUGAGAUUGGAGAAAAACAGCAGGUCGUUCGAUUCACGGGAGAAAAUCGACAUGAUUCGCAAUUAACAGAAGACAAACAGCAUGCCCUUCAAAUUCCAGGAAAGCAACGCGUUUUUCAACUAGCAUGUAGACACGUUUUUCACGAUGAAUGCAUACGUGGAUGGUGUUUGAUAGGAAAAAAAGAUAUUUGUCCUUAUUGCAAGGAAAAGGUUGAUAUGAAAGAAUUCAAAACCAAUCCGUGGGACACGCAACAACAGCUUUAUCUCAGUCUCUUAGACGGCGUGCGCUAUCUCGUUGUGUGGCAACCUGUAAUUUUUGCACUUGUACAAUUGGCCUAUCAUUUGAUGGGUCUGAACUAG